UUCUUAUUUCUAACGUUAACCCCACACAGCACAGAUCAAAUGCUUCUUCUCCGGCGAACCGCCAAGCUAAUAUUCUCAAACCCCCGCUCCCUCCAACCCCUCCGCCGCCAUCACCACCACCCCAUUUCUCCGGUGAACCCGGACCACCUACUCCGAGUCUGCACCGUCCUCUACCAGCAACAGAACUCGCCCGAGUCACGACUCACCUCCAAACUCACAUCGUGCGAGUUCCAACUCACCCACGAGUUCUUCCUUCAAAUAUGCAACAAAUUUCCCUAUUCAUGGCGUCCCGUUUACCGGUUCUUCCUCUACACGGAGUCCCAGCCUUCCUUCAAGCACACCACCGUUUCCUUCAACAAGAUGCUCGACGUGGUAGGCAAGUCUCGCAACAUCGACCUUUUCUGGGAUCUUCUCAACGACAUGGCACGUCGUGGUUUCGUCAGCGACAGGACCUUCGUGAUCGCGUUGAAGACUCUGGGGGGUGCAAGGGAGCUGAAGAAGUGUGUGGAGUUUUUCCACUUGAUGAAUUCCAAUGGGUGUGAGUACAACUUGGGGACUUUGAACAAGGUGGUUGAGGCAAUGUGUAAGUGCAAGCUUGUUGAGGAGGCAAAGUUUGUUGUUUUCAAGUUGAGGGAGUUGGUUAGGCCUGAUGGGGUGACUUACAAGUGGUUGGUUGGAGGGUAUUGUGAUAAGGGUGAUUUGGUUGAGGCUUCCAAAGUUUGGAACUUGAUGGAGGAUGAGGGGUUUGAGCCUGAUGUGGAUGCUGUUGAGAAAAUGAUGGAGACCUUUUUUAAGGUGAAUCAGUAUGGUGAGGCUUUGAGGCUCUUUGAUACAAUGAGGUUCAAGAGGAUGGAUGAACUUGGGGUUUCAACUUAUGGGCUAGUGAUUAGGUGGUUGUGUAAGAAGGGGAUGAUGGCACAGGCGCAUGAGGUGUUUGAGGAAAUGCGCGAGAGGGGUGUUCGAGUUGAUAACACGAUUCUGGGGCAUAUUGUGUAUGGACUUAUGACUAAGCGUAGGGUUAGAGAGGCAUAUCAAGUUGUUGAGGGGAUUGAGGCGCCGGAUUUGAGCGUGUAUCAUGGGUUGAUAAAGGGGCUUUUGAGGCUCAGAAGGGCGAGUGAGGCGACGCAAGUGUUUAGGGAAAUGGUAAGAAGAGGUUGUGAGCCGACUAUGCACACAUACAUAAUGCUGCUGCAAGGGCAUUUGGGGAGGAGGGGGAGGAAGGGGUCUGAUCCGCUUGUUAAUUUUGACACUAUUUUUGUUGGGGGUAUGGUGAAGGCAGGGAAGUCGAAGGAAGCUACUAAGUAUGUGGAGAGGGUGAUUAACAGAGGAAUGGAAGUGCCAAGGUUUGAUUAUAACAAGUUUUUGUACUACUUUUCAAACGAGGAAGGUGUGUGUAUGUUUGAGGAUGUGGGGAAGAAGUUGAGAGAGGUGAGACUGUUUGAUUUGGCAGACAUACUUGAGAGCUAUGGGCAGAAGAUGGCUACCAGAGACAGGAGAAGAAACAGAAGUCCAAUUGCCCCAGAUACUCAAGCAGUGAUAUCAGAUACUGAUAAUCAGGUUGUGUAAAUCUAUAGACUAUGUAAAUUUAUGUAAAAAGACCAAAGUUUAUUGGAAAUGAAGAAGGAGAUUGAUGAAA